AUGAAGCUGGUGGCAAUGGAGCUAGCAGAUGAUGAAGCAGUUUACACUACUGCUCUAAUGAGGUCUCAGGCCCUAAUUUUCCUUCUCUUUGGCCUUGCCACUCUGAAUGUAGAAUGCAAUCUUGAAGUGGAUAGUCUAUAUGCCUGGAAGACCAACUUGGUGGACCCAAACAAUGCCCUCCAGAGCUGGGACCCAACAUUAGACAAUCCAUGCACCUGGUCUCACAUCACUUGCAACACGGAGAGUAGUGUCAGUACAGUGGACCUUGGCAAUGCGGGAUUAUCAGGAACUCUUGUACCUCAUCUCGGACUUUUGCCCAACCUACAAUAUUUGAACGUAUCUGGUAAUAAGCUUAGUGGAACCAUUCCGAGAGUAUUAGACAACUUAACAGGACUGAUCAGCUUGGAUCUGCAGCAAAACCAACUCAGUGGUAUCAUCCCACCAACUCUAGGCAACUUGAGGUCCUUAAGAUAUAUGAGAUUGAACAGUAAUCAGCUAACUGGUGAAAUACCAACCCAAGUGAUUCUACUCAUUUUUGGGGGCAAUUUGAGGAUUAUGUAA